GAUAUUGCUAAGAGAUACCCUCUUGUCCCUCCUGACAUCGUUGACAUCGGUGUUCCACAGGUAACAGUUUUUUAAAUGUUAUUUUAGGUCAUAAACUCAAUGGAUGUGUGGGGACUCCUUUGGCUAUUUUCAUUCCCACCACAUCACACUGUACAUUUGGUAAAACUGCUGCCCGGUAUUUCACCGUGAACAGUGCGCAUGCCCCGGGCAGCAGAAAGGGGAGGGGCUAGGAGGUGGGCCGACCAACUGUAGGCAAGUGUGUGUUUGUGUGUGUCCGUCUCGACGUAGCACGAAAUGUGUCUCCUCACAGAAAAGGCACACGCACACACUGACGUGAGACGUGCUAGUUAACGGUUUUUAAUUAUACCGAAAGUUCUUUUCUGUCGUCCUGUUACUGUUUGGAUGUAACACCCUGUAUACUGAGACAUUCCGUGUGUAAAACGCAUUAUUAAUCGGCCAAAAGCUGCCGUUUUCGCUUCUUCUGAAGAGUGUCCGCGUCCCCUCCCCUCGAUGAAGCGCUGCGAUGCCCUCUGAUUUUGUAUCCCUCCUUAGCUCGGAUCUCGACCUCAAUUCCCCCAAAUCUCUAUACUCAAAAGGUAAGAUUUUACCUACUAAGGGUUACUACAGCGUCACUUGUUCUUUUUGCUUUGGUUUAAUGGGAAGCAGUAUGAGUGUCUUAGCUAACAGCCCAUGUUAAGCUUCUAGCUAGUAGUAGUUAGCUUCUUUUCUGCUGUUAGCCAUCCUUGCUAGCUUAGUUAGUUAGCUGCAGUUGGCUUGUACACAGGCAAGUACCUGCUUGGUUAGCUCUGUUCGUGUCACAUGCGUGAAAGACCUUGAAACACGUCUGCUUUCUUUAGUAACCAUCCUUUGCUGUUAGAAAUGUCAUGUAUGUGUGGGCCAAUGAGAAGCAUUCCGUUAAAUACAUGCUGUUAACCAGCUUGCUAAGCUUUGUGAGGUCGCUUUCCAGCUCCCACAUUGUUCAGAGGUUUAGCCCUCCAAAGUCUUGAUCGGAUUCAGUCGGAUGUUUUUGUGCAUGCCUGCCAUUAAACCACAAGAGCAUGUUUGCUUCAUUCUCCUUGCUUAGUUGAUUGAGGGGGGACCGUUACUUUGUUGUUGUUGUUUUCUUGAAGGAACUAUGCCAGAGUUUUCCUCCCCACACGCUCAUGUUUCAUAGGAAGAAUGUAUUUUUUUUACUGGCACCCCAAAGCUCAGGGAUGGAGUUACCCACUGUCUUGGAAAAGGGUCAGUGGGGCUUGGGCUGCUAGUGCCAAAAUGUAUCCUAUCUGCAGUAGGCUUUGAACACGUGUCAGCUAACCGUUGUUAUUGGGCGUUUCUGCUGCUUCUAGGAAUCACUAUAUUAACUUUGUGGUGGUGAGCCAGGAUAAUGCUUUUCUCCAGGCUUUCAACAGCAAUCAGUCUGUGGGUUAAUACUCUAGCUGUGUACAACAGCACCUACUCUGUGUGGAAAGAAACUAAGUGGGGAUCAACUACUCAACACAAGCAGUUGUUGUUCUGUUGCUUAUCUAUAAACAAGCUUUGUAUGUUGACAUGUACCACUUUUUUGUGCGCACUGAUUUCUCUGUAGUUUGUUGUCAACGUUAUGGUCAGUUGUAGUGGUAGUCGACAAACCGCUUUCAUCCAAAGUAAAAUCUGAACCUGCCCGAUGUAGAUGAACUCGCUGGUCUCACAUCUGCCAGGCAGCUAUGUUUAGGAAGCUCAUGAGCUAGCAGAAAGUGUUGCUCUGUGACCCUGAAAUGCUCAGUUGAGCCUGCCAUAUGGCCACGCUCUAUCACAUGAUGACAGUUUAUUUAUAUCUCAGUCACCCAAGUGUAUGCUCUUGUUGGGGUCAAGGUAGUAGACAGGCUCAUUUAAGAUCCAGAGGGAGAUGUACACUAUAUUACACUGUAAGCAGCUCAAGGGUCUGGCAGGUUAAGUUGUAUUUGGCCUUCCAGGACACAUGGUCAAAGGUCAUAGUUUCCUGUCUCAUACUAAGAUACAAUGUGGAAAUUCAACAGCUACCUGCAGAACCCAGAUCUUUCUAUUUGUUGCUGACAGUAAUGACAAUGUAAUAAAUUACCAUAUGUGUGCCAGGGGUGUUAGCAGAACCAUGCGGUCCUGUUCGCCUACUGUCUUUCCUCAGUGGAGUUUCGGACUCGCAUAGUUUUUCAAGUUCCAGCUCCAUAACUGAAAUAAAUUACAUGUAAUUGAUGAUAGCAGUGUAUCAGCGUGACAAAAUGUCACUGAAAUAAUAGGAUGGUAUGUUGAUUGAAAUACCAGGAAAUAUUAAACACCUGAAAAACCUCUGUACAGAACGAUCUGGCUGCAUGGCUGUGGAGCAGGGUUGCCAGGAAAGUGUAAUAAAAGUAGCCCAACAGCUGAUAAAGCCUGCCAAAGAGCAGCCUGAUACUAGGAUUCUAAAUAAGUGUGUUAGAUGUCUGUCAUACAUUUAUGUCACUUUUAAAGCACAAUAAAACUGCUGUAAUUGCCAGCAGUGUUGCAAUAUUUACAAAAUAACCCCAUGAAUGUUCAGUACACCAGCCAUAACUGCUUCAUUUCUUCAUAUGGACCAUAAAGCAUAACACAUGCAAUGACUCUCUGUGACUUACCUCUGUCUUCUUCCUUCUUGCUGGACAACCUACAUUUCUUUUUUGUUGACAAUAUGGAUGCAAUUCAGACAGUUAUUUCUACCAAAACAAUAGAUACAGUUGUAAACUGGCUAUUUAUUAUCCGUUGACGUAUUAACUGUAUUUCUAGUUACUUCUUUUAACUGUCCUGUCACCCUCAAUUUUCUGGAAGUAUGGCAUGUUGAGAUUUGUGCUCAUUUUGGUGGCCUGAACAGUCUCAUCUGUUAACAUGCAGGCAAAUAUGAAAUGGAGAAGUUCCAGAUGCACCACACAGCCAACACGCAACCUAUGUGUGAAGCCCUCAAGGAUACAGUUGGCUGUGGAAACACAAGCAAGAUCAGGGUUUAUUGUACUAAACCACAGUGAACUAAACCAGGUAGCUUGAUAAAAAGACACCAUUAUUUUAUCUUUGAAGGACGUAGCUGCUGUAAUAUAUUAUUCUACUCCCUCCUUUGAUAGUUUUCAUUUAGGACUGAUAGAAAAACCCCAACAGAGAUGGUAGUUUCAGUUAGUGCAGGGGGAAAAUCUUACAUCAGUCAGUUUUUCAGUGUGAGAAACUGGCGCUGUUGCGUCAAUGUCAAGUUAGAUUGAAUCGUUUUGAGACUAGCGCCAAGGUUGGAUGAAGCACUUAAAAAUGUAAUAACCACAAAUGGCUUGACACUUCUCCUAGCAUGUGAGAAACUGUAAUUGAACCCUCAGAGAGAGACCAUGGCUUGUAGUUGGAAUUUGUAUUAGUAUUUCAAUUCAGUCACGUGCCUCUGCGUAAUGUUAAUUACAUGAGAUGAAGAAGAAGGAAUGUCCUUCCAGGAAAAGCAUGCUGUACAAACAUUUAUCGAUAAAUUUAUGUGUAUGUCAUUGUGUUUUUUACGUAUUGUUGAGCUGUCUCAGUGGUUAAUGUCAGGCUAGUCAAGGGUCAGGAGCCUGUUGCUCUUUUGCCCUCUCCAGUGGUUCUCUGUGGCAAAACUAAAUAGUGAAGUUUCUUAGUCUUUUAGUUUUCAUUCAACAUUGAUAUUUAGUGUUUUUUUACAUUUUCUACCACCUUAAUGCCAAAUUAUUAUUUGUACAUUUUGUCAACGUAAAUAUUUCUGUGGGGUGGAGGAGCCAAACAGCUCGCCUGUCAGAGUGCAACUCUUGCACAAAACCUUAUACGUGGCAGCAGAAAACUGUCCAAAACCUGAGAAACUAGCAAUUGAGACCCUGAACGCUUCUCCACAUGUUUUGAACAUGAUAUAAUAUGCAUUUGGAGUCUUGUACAUCGUUUGGUCAACAUACUCGAAUCAAUGCAAGUAGGUUUUCUGUACUGCAAAUCCACAAAACCAGAUGAGAGCCUGCAGUUUUGUGUGAGAAUCAAAGUUACACCUUGUAGCACUGAUAUCAGAAAUCAUGAGCAGCAAUGUUCAGAAACAAAAGUCGUUUCAAGGAAGCUGUCCUUUUAAUAGACAAAGCUUUGCAGCUUUUUGCAUGGCUUUAUUCAUGAAGUCAUUCCCACCUGCUUGUUUUAUGCUCAAGCAUAGAUGUUAAAUUCUGUAUUUUGCUGAGGCCAGAGAAAUAACCUUGCAUUUUUGUAGGAAGGAAGGUCCAUUUUAUCGAUUCUUGCACCAAAGUUUGCCAGCAUUCACUGUUUUUGUUUUAUUCAACGUCAUACCAGGCCAAAAUUUUUUUUAACAUAUUCAUAUUCUGCACAAAAAACACUCCUAGUGAGUCAGCAGUUUGUAAUUAUUUUUCCAGGGUAGGCAUCCCUUUGGGUUUAUCUCCACAAAUAUUUAGUUUUGUGUUUGACUGAUAAACACAUAUCUCUACAGCAUUAAAACAUUAAAACAGUUUUCUGUAUUGUAUCUCUAAGACCAUUAUUAUGUUUGUAGUUUAUGGAAAGGCAAGGUUAAGUUUAAGGUUAAGGGCUAGUUUGACAAUCACAAAAGUUGUCUUUUACUACCAUUACAAUACAUGCUGUGUGUUGCUGUUUUUUCAUGUUAAUAAUCUAAGUGUACAGAGUAGAAACUAGGUUAGUAGUUGAAACUACUGAUAGUGGAUUGAUGGUUGAGCUCUAUAAGCAGGUUCACAGUGAAUUAAAUGCAUGUCCAGUUAUUUCUGACCAUAAUUCCGUUUCAAUGUAAACAGAGAUGCUGUAAAAGAGGCCAAAACUUGCAUUCUUUGUGGUUAGUGUGGAGUGAGUAGCUCUUUUGUCUGUGGCCUGGCUUGAGCCUACCGUGAUGUGUAUGAGAGUGUCAUUGAAGCAGCCAUUAUCAGGCACUGAGUUACAUUCCUGGUUAGCAUAUUUCUUCAACUCAUGAACUGUCUUUUCAUCUCUCCUCCUUCUCUUGUAGUUCAAAGCCAGCUGCAAAGAGAGAAAUGGACUAGUGGCCCUGCUAUUUGGCAAAAUGCGUAAGGCAUGUGUAAUACGAGCAGUGCAUAACUAUGGGAUGAGGUAAUUUAAUUGUUCUAAGAGUAGGUUAAAGUCAGUCCGCCCCCUACCCGGCUAGUGUGCUGCAGGCUUCUGUUACUGGCACACAGGCUUGUGGAGUUGUAAACAUAGAUUUGUACAAAACAAAGUUCUAUUUAUUUACCAAAUAUAAUCAGUGUCCAGUAUUUGUUUGAGAACAGUGAAAAGUUGAACUGAUUCCUGUUUUUAACACAGCUUCAUCUGACUCAAGACUACCCCUGUCCUUUUUUAGUCAAAUAUUCCUCUGAGCAUUGCCUUGUCAGUCAGUAUGUUUGGUUCAAAUAGAAGAUAAUUCUCUUCACACAUCCGAGAAACACCAAAGAGUUUAUAGGAUGUGUUCGGUCUGUUGUGAACUGUUAAGAUCUGUGGUGGCCUCAAAGAAGUUCCUGAUUCAUAGUGUGACUGUUCUCAUGUUGUUAUUAAUUUCUUCAACAUAUUGUGAUGCUGGAAUGAAGUAUGUAUAAAAAACAAAUCAAGUACCAGAAUUGACUGAGGCUUCGAAUUUAACUCUCAAUGAAAUGUGUUUUAUGCUCUAGAAAGUUCUCAGUGUUAGCUGAAAUAUCGUUUUGGUACCAAACUCCAAGAGCCACACACCCACAUCGCAGCUUUUGUAUACCAACACUGUUUUGCAUACUGUUCACUCCCUGGGAAGUCUGGCACACGAGUAACCCAAAACACUCAAUGAAAUGUAGACCAUGCUUUUAUUUGCAUUUUUAAAUGAAUGAGUGAAUGAACAACAGUGUAUGUUUAUCCAUUUUCUGCCCUAUAUGUUACAGGAAAGUAGGGUAAAAAUAUCAACUCUGUUUUAUAUUUUUCUGUACUCUCCCCAUAAAUUGGCCUGAAUCUAGGAAAUCCAUCCUUUGAUGAUUGUUGAGGCUAGGGCUGGGAGAUAUGGCCUCAAAUCAAUAUCACGAUAUAUUGAGCAGUUCACCUCGAUAACGAUAAAUGGACAAUAACUACUCCACAAGCUGCUCACCUCCUCCCUCAUGCACUUGUCUACUUCAGCUGCUACAACUUUUGAACCAUCCUCCAUAUCCUCACCUGUCCUUGUUUAGGACAGCAUCUUAAAGGGACAUGAGACCAUAGCCUACCUACACACAUCCACAACCAACUUAUAUUUGUUUGUUUUUUUGACACCAAAUAUAUUGACAUGGGCAAAAUGACAUCAGUUAUUUUUUUAAAUUUCGAUUUCAGGAAAUUUUUGAUUUAUUGCCCACCCCUAGUUGAGUGUAAACAUUUCCUUCUGACCUGUUCUUGUGGAUUUUAUAUUUUGAUAGGCUGAUCUGUUCUUUUGCAAAAAAAAUUUAUCAAAUGUUCUAGCCCGGGGCAGGGGAUGAUUAAAAUGUUAUUUAAUUAAAAACUGGAACUCAAAAUCUACAUUGCUGGUUUCUCUCAGGCUCAGUGACCCUUUGUAACACUUUGUAGGAGUGACCUUUUUGUGCUUCUUGCAGACUCCACACAGUGACAUAGUUCAAUGUACUGUUGUUGACUCAUUUCAUCUAGCCAUUGCAUGUCUUUGUGAACCUCCUCCCAUUAUUCUUUAGAAGACACUCAUUCCAGUGAACAUACAUUUCUGUCUUGUACUCUGAUCUUUGGCAGGAAUAUGUCAUAACCAGCUGUUGCAAAUGUAGUGAGGACCUGUCAUGUUGAUAAAGUCAGUUUAUAUGUGGAUGGUCUCCACUGCAGGUGAACGGGUUCAGAAAGAACACUUCAUCCACACACAUCCUGUGUGACAGGGGUAACAGUGAAGGCUGAGGUCAUGUCAUAUUUGCAGUCAAUCUGUAGUGUAGUGCAGCCACGCACAAAGACCUUUUCUCUUCACAAAAUGAACAAAGCACCACACAUAAAGAUGGAUGGUUAUAUUGAGUGUCAUGCACACUACGCUGUUUGUUUCUAGGUCACAUUGGAGUCACCUAGGUUUAUAGAGAUGUUCUGUUUGGCUUUCUUUUCUAAAUGAUGUGUAAAUACACUGUUGUAGCUCAUCUGGUUUAAAGGGACUGUUCACCCCACAAUAUCAAUAUUUAGAGAACAUUUUCAGAGCUUCUCUCAGGAUAGGAUCUCCUACAACUAUCCUCUGUAUAUUUAAUUAAAACAUAGCAGACACUGCAGGCUGUAUCUCAAAGCCCUCAGGAUCGAUGAAUGAGGGUUUUUCUCUGCUCUUGUUAGAAAAUGAUACCUGCUUCUGUUUUGAUGCCUUCUCUACUGUGUAGUUCUUCCGAUGAACUGUGGUGACUUUGAGUUGUUGUCACUCGGUCAAUGGCGUUGUUGGCGUCACAGAAGUGCGAGAUCAUGUGUCUUGUCGGUUUCACUGUUCUCCCGGUGCUAAGUCAUAGCCCAGUAUCCGAUGACAGCUACACAUGCUGGGUGCUGCCAAUGCACAGCUGAAAUAUCCAUGCCGGGGUGUUGAUGAUUGCCUGUUUCUAAGCAACCAGUCCACCUAAUCAAGUGUUUAUCUGCCAUCAAACGUGGUUUACUUGGGUGAAGCUGCAGAGCUUGGUGAUGGUUUCUAGGAAUCAUCCUAUCAUCAGAUAUCAAGGAAUGUCUCAGUGGGUCCUAUUAAACUCAACCCCUCUGAGGCUAAUUUAUUCUAUCAUAAGACACCAGGAGUCGAGUUAAGACAGGAGGUGGAUGAAAAAAACAGAUGUUACAGGUUUAGGCAUUUUUUUCCAGGAACAGUUACAAUAUGGAAGUGAGUUAUCUUAAUAUGCAUAAAUCUGAAUCAUGCAUAACUUUGUAAGGGGAAUGAGAAAGUUUACUUUUCUGUUUUUUUUAAAUUGUUUAUUUAUUUUAAGGCAUCAUUAGACCAAUAGAAAACAUGACACUCCAAAUCUGGCAAGUGUGAAAUUUCAUGUGCAUGCAGGUCCAGACAGUACCAGACCUUGAUUAUUGAAACCACAGUUUUUCUUUUACAAAAACAAAGACAACAUCAGGAUGAAUUUAAUUUCACCAGAUUACACAAAUGAGGUUAGAGAUGCAUAAAUUCUUUAAAAAUUUUAUUCAAUACAAGGCUGGGGGAAAAACUGUCUUGCUGAAAGAUGGCAUCAACAUUUGUGUCAGUUAAAAUCAGGGAUGUCCCCUCUGCCUUAAAGUCAGCGAGGUGGAGAUAUUUGUAAUCAGAAACAGCCCAAUAGCCACUUGGAAUAAAUGCUUAAUGAUAGUGUUGCAAGGCAGGCGCAGUCGAACUGCAUUCAUUAUUACCAAUUUAAAAAUGCAAAGGAAGACAGUGUGUUCACUCAGCACAGAUACAGAGAAAACAGGCUGCUGUUCUGUUCUGCAGCAACAAACCUACAGAGAAGGGGGUUCAGUUCAUCGCUUUGGACGACCAGCCCAUCUCCAGUGAAGGUUUUUGCUGUUUGGGGUCUACCUGGAGUGGAUCUAAGAUUUCUAUUCAAGUAUAUUUCAUUUUCUGUAAUACUUUGGAUUUGUAAUUGACCUGAAAUACACAUGUGAAAAUGGUGGAUACAUAUUUGUGCAUAAUUUUGAGACAAAUCUCCCCCCAUAAAUAAUCUGGAGAGUUCAUUGAUUCACUUGCUAAAUUGUUUACUUAUUCUGCAAACAAAAACUGUUGCGUAGCUCUAUUAUCUAGCCAAAACAAGUAUCUGAUGGGGACUGGGUCUCUGCAAAUACUCUGCGUUAAAAAUCAGAUCAGGAUUGGGUGCCAGAAAAGCUGAUCAGGGCGUUUCUAAUCAGGAGAGAAAUAGAUAAAGUUAGGCUUGGACUUGAAGUGAUAAUGACAAGAUAACCCAGCUCCUCUUCUGUGGUACACAAAGUCAUUUUCCAUAAAUAUGCUGUUGUGAUUGAGCUCCAUUUAUUAAGGGAUUUAUACUGGAGUGAUGUUGAAAAUAUUUUCUGUUGACUUGAUGACAUCAUGAACAAUCAUCCUAUUUAUGUCUCCUGUUUAUCUUCACGACAGAGUCGGUAUAUGACCUCCUCCCUAAAGAGCUCCAGCUCCAGCCGCCGUCCACCCAGACAGACCCGCCCACCAUGAGCCAGACAAGUGGGGGAGAGGCCGGACCUCCCCCCUCUGCGGCCCUGGCCUCAGGUGAGCUACCUGCGCAGUUAUGAAAACCAUGAUCUGGGAUCAGUUUCACUAUUCCCCAAGACAGUAGGGGUGAAGAAACCAAUAUGGCCUUUUAUCAGAGUCUAUGGGCAACUUCACCCUUUCACUAGACUUAGAGAUAAUGAGUGUUUGUGAAUGUUUCAAGCAUCAUUAGCGCUUAAGCCAAACUUUGUGUUACUUCUGCUAAUGGCACUGUUAUACAAAUCUUUAGGUUUAUCAGGGUUUCAGUGGGACCAGAAGACUAUGAUGGGUCCUACUUUGGAUUGGGGGGUGUGAUGACUUGUGCAGUUGAACUCUAGCUGUGUUUAACACUGACAGGUUGCCAGUUCUUCCACUGAUGUGCCAGUUAUUGAAUAUUUGCUGUCUCAUCUUUUCAGUUUUCCCUUUCUCCCGGCUCAUUUGACUGUGUCUGUGUUUGGUGACCAUGUUAGCCACCUUUGAGAUGGUUGUGUCUUACAUCUUUCCAUAACCCACACAGCACAUAAGAGAGGGGCUUUGCUUACUUGUGUGUAUUAGUAGUUUGAUACCAACACAAACAGCAACUUCACUCAGAUCCUGGAUAUCUUAAGUAAGGAUCAACCGAUAUGUUUUUUUAGGACCAAUACCGAUACUAGUUAUAUGUAAUCAAAGUAACCGAUAACCAAUAUUUAGAGCCGAUAUUCAUUUGCUCUAAAAUGUAUAUUUUGGUGUCAAAGUUUAGAUAACACACUUGGGAUUAGAGUGAACACAGUACACUGUUUGUUUUGUACACUGUGAAAAUCUUUGUUGAAAAGGUUCAAACAAUUGUUUUAUUGUCUUGACAACAAAAGCAACAAAAAGUGCAGGGACCUUAUAGCAGCAGUUAUGAUGAACUCUAACUGUAGCUACAAUAAAAAAAUAAAAUAAAACAGUUCCCUGAAUUUUAAUAAAUAACAGAAGGAAAAACUAAAUACUGGCUGCCUGUGUAGCCAAUCAGUGGGGACUGUAGGCGGGACAUAGUUACAUAGCCAAGAAUGGUGACUUUAGGCAGACAGAGUCGGCUGUGUAAGAGCCGAAUGAGGGCAUUUUAAAAUAAACCUUUUUUAUUGGCUUUCGAUGGAUAAACCGCCUGGUGCUGAUUAUUGUCAAAAUGAUGAAUAUCGGCCAAUAGUAUCGUCUGUGAUGAUUAUUGGUCGAUCCUUAAUCCUUGGCAUUGACUUCAUAAAGCUAGCCAACCUUAGAGAGACAAAUUUUUCAAUGACUGCGUUACUAUAGCUACCGAGGCACUCCCAAGCUAAGUUAAUAUGCUGUUCAUCUAUACCAGUGGUUCUCAAAUCCAGUCCUCGAUGUUUCCCUGCUCCAACACACCUGAUUCAAAUGAUUAGCUCGUUAUUAAGCCAUUACAGAGCUUGAUAACGAGCUGAUCAUUUGAAUCAGGUGUGUUGGAGCAGGGAGACAUCCAAAACAUGCAGGACGGGGGGGGCUCGAGGACUGGAUUUGAGAACCACUGAUCUAUACUAUGCUAAUGGUAGUGACACCACUAAGAGUCGUUAACGGCUUUGUUUUUCUAAAAGUCAUUUUGGUUUUCUUUUGCUGGAAGGCUGAACUUUGAUUAGCAGCUCUGAGUUAAGUUGAAUCUGCUUUAACAGCAUGCUGACAUAGCCUGUUCCUUCUCACUUCACUCAUCUUUUCUGCAGCACUUCACACCGUGAUGCUUUUGCUUAAUGCUUUAUCUCACUUGGCUUUCAAGACAGUAAAACUAUGUCUAGGUAGUCCAGUUUUGGAGAUUAACUUUAUACAGUCCCUUGAUUUCCAAGUCGUCAUCUCAGACAUCUCUCAUGUUGGAAGUGUUGUGAUCCAGCUUCCGAAUUGUUAGAGCAUUAGAACAUCUUAAAAACUGUGCCCCUUCCAACAAAAAUAAUAGCACCUCCCCUUUUUAGCAUGUUAAUUUCCAUUAACACCUCUGUGAUGAGUCAUAAAAUCUUUAUCUAGUAGUGACAGAAAGACGCAGGUGAUUUUGAUUUUAUCAUCUUUUAAACUUAAAGACCUAAGACAUGUUCAUAUCUGGCCAAGAGGAAGACAGCAAAUUCAGGAUCUGAUUUGAGUCCUGUCAAAAACUUCUUUAAACUCAGCAGAUCUCUUAAAUUGUUGAACUGACAAAGGUUGACUGGUGUUCAUGAUCAUGCUCUGUUGCUGUCUCUCAACUUUUUUUGUUUUAGGGUCUUUGUGUCCAUUUUUGCUUGUCUGCCCCAGUUUUAGCUGCAUCAUUGAUAUUUCUCUUGAUGUACUGCUUCCUUCCAAACAUAAGGUCAAAAAUAAAACAUAAUUCUCUCGCCGGCAUGUCGUAUUUAGAUUUAUCUAACUCUCACUGGGGACCUGGCCUGGGGAUAGGAUCAAAAAUUACCGCACAGACAUACACAGUCCUCUGCUGCUGGCCGUUUUGGCUGAUAUCAGUCAAAUUAAUUGGGGUUAAUCAUUAAAUACAAACUUUGUUUAAAAUGCCUUCACAAGUGCCUACAGCAGAAACUGUCUAUGCACACAUGCCGCUUAAACAUCCAAUAUAAAUUUACAAACCUUCACGUACUGAAAAGGGUCUGUCUUCAUGAAACAGUGAAGUUGCCCUGAACAAAUUCUUGAUAUCAAUAAGGGACAUGGUCUGAUCUUGGAUCAUGGUUCAGGGAAGCCAACAUCAGCUUUAACUGAGAAGAAUUCUAGUCCUGAAUGUUGUCUAGUGAGCAACCUAACUGGUUGACGUUUAUGUUGGAGAGCGCCAAUGUUAGUUUUUAAGUAUCCUGUGUGACCCAGCUGACCCCAAGCAGUGCAGAUCAAAAGCAUGACGACUGUAAUGUCCUUCAGAUCAUCAUUAACUAAGUACCCUGCUUCAAAAUGUCUAUAAAUGAUCAACUUCAAAAGUGACCCCUUCCUUCAGUGUUUGAGUAUAUCCAAUUUACUGAUUGACAGAAGUAGCAUCUUGAAUGAUCAGCUCUCUUGUUGCUCAUUGGCUGUCUCGUUUUUAUUGCAGGAAGUUCCCUCUGAGGCAGGGAGUGUCUGCAUAUAAAAUGGUCUGCAGUUCACUGCUCCAUAGGUCAGAGGCUUGUUUAUUCUGUCUCCAUGGCUACGCUCAGUCCCAACCAAAUCUUCCAAUUGGCAUGCGCAAACUACUGUUUUACUACUGAAUGCACAUUGCACAAACUGUACUGUAACCCUGGCAAAUUUAAUUUGGCGCCACAUUACCAGCUUGCAAAAUUUGGCUGUACAAAGAAGUUUGACCAGAUUUUGUUCUGUUUCUUUCUGGCAAUGUGUAUGUUACAAUUUGUAGCUUGCUUUUGUUUUUGUAAACAAAGCAUGUCAGUUUUGUCACAUUGAUUUUAAUUGAGAAAGGAUUAUGUAGGAAUCAAAACAUUGUGGGACCUGAAGUACCCUUCUCAACUUUAACUUCAGAUUAUUUAAUCAAUGCUUGACAGCUCUCGCAUGCACAGUGAGAGCAUAUAACCCACAAACAGUAUGUUGAAAUUAGAGUUGGGAAGAGGGGAAAUCAAUACAAAUCAUGCACAAAUUCAGCUGCUUGAAUGGGACUGCUAGCCUGCAUUGUGCUGAACAUCUGUGCUAACUUCUUUAUCUGUAUAUAAUACUACAGAUGCCACCUCCAGUCCCUCUGCCUCCUCCCUGGCCAUGGGAGCCCCAGCCACUGGCUCCUCUACCUCAUCCUCAGACCAUCUCAAGGUUUCCCAGCAUCUCCACUCCUCCGGGGUGGAUGGAGCUGGAGCUUCAGAGAUGCAAGGUAUGGAGGGUGCUGCAUCUGCCUCCAGCAGAGGUAACACUGGAGCAAACACUGCAGCAGGAGACCUGGGGUCAGGAGUGUUGUCAGGGCUUGGAGUCCAGCAGCCUCAGAAUACCCCAUCAAAACGGAGGCCUGUGUUGAGCAUAUCCCCGCCACCUGAAGACCUUUUCGAUGACAGCCAGAUGUCUUGCCAAGAGGAGCCGACAGUAUCUGCUCCAACAGGUCCAGACUCCGAGCACAGCAGCAGUAUAUGGGCUGACGAUUCCCUCUCAAACUUCAGCUUGAUCAGCUCCAUCUCCUACAAUGACAACACUGAGGUGCCACGCAAGUCUAGAAAGCGCACCCCUCGCCAGCGUCCUGGCCCUAAACCCUCUAAUCCAGAGAACAGCAUGGAUGUGUUUGAUGCUGACAGUGCCAAGGGCCCUCAUUUUGUCCUGUCCCAGCUGAGCACAGACAAGUCCGGUCCCAGGUAAGGUUUCUGUCAUAUGAUGCAGAUUCUGUCAGACUUAAAAGUCAAGCAUUCCUGUCCAUUUGUUUUCUUUAAGACAAUACAGGUAAGGUCAUAAAAUUGAGUUUUGCCUGCAGUGACUCAAUUCCUGGAAGUUAUUAAUGUCCUCAUGUGAUUUUUGUUGCUUUGUAGCUCUCUGGAGUCAGGAACUGCAGUGAAGAGUGGAUCACUGUCGACUCACUUUCCCCAAAGGAGUGAUGGAAAGGAGCUAAAAAUCCUGGUGCAGCCAGAGACCCAGCACAGAGCACGUUAUCUGACCGAGGGCAGCAGAGGGUCUGUCAAAGACCGCACCCAACAGGGAUUCCCCACAGUCAAGGUUUGACAAAUAACGCCACCUGCCUGUUAGGACAUGAUAACAUAUUAACGUCAUAUUAAAGGCUCCAUAUGAUGUGAAAACCACAUUAUUCUAGUCCCAUUUUUACAUAAAGGCACAAUUAAGAAAGUAGAAUAUUAUGGGAACAUUUUUUAACUUAUUUACAAAGGUAAACUUACAUAAAUAUAUAAUAAUAUACCCCUACCUAAAAAAGUUAGUCAAUGUUUAAAUGAAGACUUAUAUUUCUUUCCUGUCUGAAGUCCGGAAAGUACAUCUGAUAGCUUUUAUUUUUAAUUUUCACAUGUAAAAUCAUACGUUUUGAAAAGUUUCCACAAAUAAAAGCAGUUAUUUUGACAUAUGAAAUCAAGCUGUGACUGUUGUUCUGUGGAAAGUAAAAAUUAUAAUUAUAUUUUAAACAAAAUUAAAGGGAGACCUAUUGAACUCAAUUUCACCUUUUGUCAUGCCAUUCUAGGCCAUCCAUAGAGUAGCCUUGAAUGAUUUACCAUACAAAAGAAAUUUGAAUUUGUGCUGUGGAAACUCUAAUUUCUGCACUCCUCAGCCUCAGCCUGAACUGCUUCAUCUUGGCUGCUUUUUCCAAGACAUAGAGUUAGACACGGCUUGAAGGCGUUACUUCUUAUACAGCUUAUACAACAGUUGUGUUGUAGUCCCAAAAACAUAAAACCUUUGGGAGGAGAAAAUAGCUGGAACUGUCUAUGAAAACUCCAGGAACAUUGACAAGCAUACUGAAUUAACAAACUUCAGAAAAGCUGAGUGGUAAAAUGGACUCUAAAGCUUAACAUCGUCUUGAUAGGAUGGCAGAGCCUGACAUUAGGUUCAGGCCAAGAAUCGCAAAGUUAAUUAAAAAAGGGCAUUUCAGAGAAGCCAGAGAACGUGUAUGAGGAUUAUGCCAACAUCUUUGUGUGUAUCUGAAAUUUUGCAGAGCUGCAGCAUGGAUAUCCAACAUAUUAUGUGUUGUUAUUGAAAUAUGAGUCGCACUUUGUUAACGGGAUUUCUUAUUUGUGUGUGUGUCCCUAGUUGGAGGGCGUAAAUGAACCGGUUGUGCUGCAGGUGUUUGUGGCAAAUGAUGCAGGCAGAGUGAAGCCUCAUGGUUUUUACCAGGCGUGCAGGGUGACAGGGCGCAACACUACAGCAUGCAAAGAGGUGGAUAUAGAGGGCACCACUGUGAUCGAGAUCCCUCUGGAGCCGGGCAAUGACAUGACACUCGCGUAAGAGCAAACAUGCUGUGAUCCAGUUAAUGUAACAGUUAACACUCAUGCUGCUGCAUAAGAAGUACUUACGGUGGUUGUCAUUCACUCCAUUCUGUGUUGUUUUUACAGAGUGGACUGUGUUGGAAUCUUGAAGCUGCGUAAUGCAGAUGUGGAGGCUCGUAUUGGUGUGGCAGGGUCCAAGAAGAAGAGCACACGUGCCAGACUGGCCUUCAGAGUCAGUAUCCCCCAACCUGAUGGAUCAGCUCUUACUCUACAAGUUCCAUCAUCACCCAUCCUCUGCAGUGAGUAGUUCAGACACAGCAUCAGCCGCCAUCAGUCUAGAGCUUCUAUCGGCUUUGUGAGGCUGGGGAACGAUGUGUCGAUUCACUUUCCCAAAACAAAUCUGUUAGACCACAAAAUUUGUUUCGCUUGCUCACCUGCAAACAUUACUCCAGAUGUAUGUGAGUUUUGACUCUUGUGUCACUUUUUAGCUCAGCCAGCAGGAGUGCCAGAGAUCCUGAAGAAGAGUCUCCACAGCUGCACAGUGAAAGGAGGAGAGGAAGUUUUCAUUAUUGGAAAGAACUUCCUCAAAGGAACCAAAGUCAUUUUUCAGGAGAACAUUUCAGGUGCGAUACCACCACGUUGUUGUCUGAGUUGGUUACAUUUCAGUACUGUUAUUUGCAUGGAAACCUAAAGGGUGAAAAAUACAUUUUAGAAGGAUGUUGUGUUUUUUUAUUGCAGAUGAUAAUUCCUGGCAAGCUGAGGCAAACAUCGACAUGGACCUCUUCCAUCAGGUAAAUGCAAGGACAGAGUUGUGUGUGGUCUAUUUCUCCUGCUGCAUCAAACCAGCAAGAUUUGAUUGAGUGAAUCUUAAAUGAGGUUUUGCUGCUUAUCUUUUACAGAACCAUUUAAUCGUGACAGUUCCACCGUUCCACAACCAGUCAAUCACCUCUCCAGUUUCUGUGGGAAUCUUUGUGAUGACCAAUGCUGGUAGAUCACAUGAUGCCCAGCCCUUCACUUACACUCCAGACACAGGUACAGCCACCAGAAGUUUUUGGGUCUAUUGACUCCCAUGUCGGGUUCAUCGCUGAGUUUUGCACACUUCACUGCAACCCAACCUUAAAUAUGUAUUGUAAAAUCUCCUCAUUAGCUUGACACUAACUUUUGUUCACAAGGAGCACUGUCGAGCCCUGUGUACAAAUCAAAUAGUCAUCAAGAAUUCAACACUCAAAGAGUAACUUAGUUUAAAAUACAUAUCUGUGUUUUCUAUCUCAUCCACAGCCGACAACUUAAAUGUCCGAACAGUAAAAACAGAGCAGCCCUCCCUGGUGGAGACGUGUGUAUUUGAUGGCCAGAUCAAAUCUUCUGAGCGAGCUGACUGCUCUAGUCAGCCCUGCAAACGGCAGGAAGACACACCAAUGGAAGUGUCAAGCAAUUCACCAUCAACAGCUGUCUUCAAGGUAAGAUUUACAUUAACCAGAAAGAGGAAUCAAAAUAAGUCUGAUGUGCUGCAAGUAAAAUUUCUGCACUCUCUCUUUUCUCAGCCAUCCUCUGACCCUCUUGUUUCGGUGCAGCAGACCCUGGAGCUCAGCCCUAGUCCUCAUCCAAGUGGAGAUUCCUUUCAGAGUCCAAUGCCCCUGCAACCAGAGGAUGUAGAGCUUCCACAUGCGCCCCCUGUCUUUCCAAGCCUGGAGUCUCUCAGCACUAUACAAAAGCAAGAAAUUGCCCCCACCACCUCCUUCCCAGUGGCAGGUGACACCACAAUCCCCCCGGUGACCCCAGAAGUCCCCCAGCAAUUCCUCAGAGACCCCCAGGACAGCCUGGCUCCUGAGGGUUCCAAUAAUAGUGGAGGGGUUGUAGUAAUGGCCAUGCCCCAGAUCACAACUUCCUCUCAACCACAACCACAGCAGGCACAGGUUCCGCUGUUCCCCCAGGAAGGGGUGGCCGAGCUGGAGAGGGCAGUGAGGGAGCUGCAGGCUGGAGGGAACACCACACUCCAGCAGGUGUUGGAGGCCGCUGUUGCCCAGCAGCAGCUGAACUCUGUGCUGUACAGCCCCACACUCUCUGCCGACUCUCUUCAACAGCACGUUCAAGAGAACAUGAACAGCCUUAGACUGGGAACCACAGAUAAUCCACUGUCCAAUCAGCAACAACUACAGAUGCAACAGCAGCAGCAGCAGUUACAACAACAGCAGCAGCAGCAGUUACAACAACAACAGCAGCAGCAGUUACAACAACAACAGCAGCAGCAGCAACAGCAAAUUCAAAUUCAACAACAGUUUCAGCAGCACCAACAACUGCAGCAACAACAGCAAAUUCUCGGCAACCUUCAACACCAACAGCAGCAGCAACAAUUACAGCAACAGCAGCAGCAAGUUCUCGGCAACAUGCAGCUCCAACAACAAAUAAUACUACAACCACAAGACCAACAGCAACUCCAGCAGCAGCAGCAGAUCAUCGAGAAUAUUCAACAGCAACAACAACAGUUGCAACAAAAUCAGCAACAGCAAGUCCUUAACAACAUCCAGCUCCAGGACCAGCAACAACAAAAUCAAAUUCUUAGCAAUUUACAACAGCAUCAGCUGCAACAGCAGCAACAACAGCAGCAGCAGCAGCAAAAUCAAGCUUUGAGCAAUUUACAACAGCAACAACAACAACUGCAAGAACAGCAGGUCUUAGAGAAUUUACAGCAACAACUUCAAGCAGAGUUACUCCAGCCUCAGAUCCACUCCUCCCCUCAAGUCCAGCAGCCGGUGUCUCUCCUUCAGCAGGCCAGUGAUCUGCUCACCAUCCAGACCAGCUUUCCAACACAGCCUCCAUCCCACACUUCCCCUCCACAGCAGCUCUUCCAAUCCCCCAGGCCCCUGGCUGAGACUCAGGCCUCUCAACAGCAGGUCCAGGCAGCGUUGCUUCAGAACACUUUGACCGUCCUGACUGGUGGCAAUCUGAAUCCAGAGCAGCAGUCUACAGGCUCAGCUCUGUUCCUGUCCCCAAACCCUCAGCCCCAACAGCAACAACAACAGCAGCAGCAGCAGCAGCAGCUGGCAUUUAUCUCCUCAAUGGAGACGUCCAGCCAGUCCCAGUCCAUCACAAUGUUUCAGAACCAACCACAAGCCCAACUUUCCCAAUUGCAGCAACAGAGCACCCCCAUGGAGCAGCAGCAGUCUUCUCAGCAGAGCCAACAGCAGCCGCCACAGCUUUCCAUGGGCCAGCAGGGCUCCUUAUUCCAAAGUAUACCAAACCACUCACAGACCAACCCUGUCCCCCAGAACCAGCUCUCACAACCCCAGCAGACCGGUCUGCUCCUCUGCACCACGGAUCUGAAUCCCCAGGCCAUCCCCCCUACUAUCCUUUUCAGCACCCAGACCGGAGGCCCUCCUCCUAUUGGCAGCAUAAGCGUUGGAAUCCCACAGCCUGAGCCAGCAGAGCCCAUGUCUUUCCAAGACCAGUCUUCAAACAGUAACUCAACGUCUACUGAGAACCAGCAGCAGAGUCUGUUCCAGGAGCAGCAGCCAAUGCAAGUAGGUCAGAGUUCUAGCAGCAUCCCAAGCAGUCAACCCGUGGACCUGUUCCUGCCACAGACAUCUCUGGCCAGCCUGCAGAGCACGAUUGGCGCACAGGAGCUAAACAAUCCGGCUCCAGCCCCUGGCACGACCAUCUUUGUGGUGCAGGGUGGUGUGGGUGUAGUAGCCAACCCCGGCCAGCAGCCGCCAGAGCAGCUUUUCCAGACAACUGUGGGUGGGAAUGUGGCUCCACAAGGACAGACCAAUCUGUUUGUGUUUGGCAUCCAGAACGGUAAGAGAAUUUUGUCUUCACCUCUGCGGUGUUGUGUUAUUGAGUUAAGACGCCUGCCUGAACCCUUUUUUUUUUUGUCCUUGUAGCACAUUUCAACUACACUUUUUUCUUUGAGUUGGUCAAAAAACUCUCUUGGUUUCACUGACUGAAAUACUUCUGCUAAAUUAUGUUCAUUUUCUCUUCCCCCCAGACACGCCCCAGCUGCUUAACUCCUCUGGACCCACCCUGCCAGCUCAGGGUCAGCCCCAGAACUCCACUCACAUGCAGCCGCUCCUGGAGCAGCCCAUGGCUCAAACUGCCCCCUCGUUGCCUGUCACCAUGCAUGGGAGCUUACAGAACACCCUCCAGGCACAAAUGCAGUCCAGCUUGGAGAACGCCAUGCAGACUAGCCUACAAAAUACAAAGUAGACAAACACCAGGCUCUGCAGCAACCUUAGAAACAAGUCUGCUGACUCCAACGCAGAGAAACCUACAGAGCAGGUCACAGAGUCAGCCGCAGGCAUCAAUAUCUGCAUCAUCCAACGUGGAUAAAACUAAGGACUUGCUGAAGAGCCUGCAGAGGCAGUUGUAACUGUUUGAACCUUGUGGGCACUAUAAAGAAUGAGUGAUAUGUAGCUGAAAGUUAUACAUCCUUACAUUGACAGAUGGUGGCGUGUGGCGUUUUGUGCCAAUUACACAAAACUUAGAGAUUUUAAUACUAAAGAAUUCAAAACCCCUUUUACAUAUAAACCCAAAUUUUGAGUGCUUGUUUUUAUGGAUCCGUAAAAAUCAUACACCUUUGUCCUCUAUGACUCCAUCUAUGUUUCCAGCCCUCUUGCAGGAUUAGAGAGGCCUGUAAUAACUGUUUUAUCCAUCAGUCUGAGAAAUGCAGUGUUUGUUUUGUAUUUUAAUAAUGUGAGCCUAAGAGAUGACGACGAAUAUGAUGAAGAAAUAUCCUCCAGGUUUGGUGAAUGAACUGGAAAGGGAUAAAGAAUGUAAGCAAUGGGAUAUAAGGAGAAAAGUAAUGUGAUGGGGAUGAGUCUGAGUCUGUAAGAAUGGGCGGAGUUGAUGAAACAUAUAGCCAUAGAGUGAUUAACAGAGAGCGCAGGAGUGUCCGAUAUUGGCUGAAUCUCAUUUGUCGGAUGUGCAAACGCUAAGCCUUUACUUUGUUUCUAAGAGGCAGAGUCUGUGAGGAGGUUUUGGCCUGUUAAAGGAAACGGUUGAAAUAAGGAGCGAUUACCUGGAUUGAAAGCAGGGAUGAAAUAAUGUCUCAACAACUCAAUUUAAAAUCAUUAGGCCAUCCAUAAUGUGAAAUAUUCUUAAACAUAUUGUUGGUAUGUGAAAAAUCCUCCUAAAUAUACUCUAAGAGUAAAUACUUAUUAGAAAUGUACUUAUUAAAUGAGGCACACCUUUAGAAUGUGUGGAGGCCCUUAUAUUUGCAGGCAUGACUGGGAGAAACACCUGAGCUGACUCUGUAAGAACAGGGGAAACUAAAUGUUGAUACAAUCAAGAAAUGACAAAUAGGCGCUUGCUACGUAGGUGUGAAUAGGUUCAUGUAAUGUAGGUCCCCCUUAUGUGCAAAAAGAGUAGGAACUAUUAUACACACAAAUGAGAUUCAACCUGGUGAAUUAUGUGACCUUGCCUUUUGUUGGCACCUCCUGGUGUUUCCAUACAUUCAGGCCUCAUCUUCAGGGGUUCAGGAGCUUUCUUUGUAAGUAACUUUCAACUGUAUGUAGUGUGUAUCUUUUUGUUCUAAAGAAGUUGGUAACUUUUACCAAAUUAAUGUGGUUAGGAAUUAACUUUCCACUAGUGAAAAAGGAGUGUUGUGUGGUUUUAUAAACAUUUUAUCUCAAGCACUUUAUAACCUCUAGCUAACCCUUAUAUCUGUCCACAGCUCUCUACUGACCCAGCUGAUUUGUACUUGGAAACGUCCAGUUAAAAAAAAAAGAAGAAAAAAAAAAAAAGAAAACAACAUAAAACAGUUGUCUUUGUAAAGGUUAAUACAUCCUAACAAAACAUUUUUACAUUUUGUCAUGUCUAAAUACUUUUGAGGUUUAAGACAACUUUGUAUAAAAUGUCAGCUCACUGUCAAAUUCCUCUUUGUAUUCAGUCUCAGUGGUCCAGUCAAGUCUGUCAAAAAAAAAAAAAGAAGAAAAAAAACAGCCACUCCCACUCAAAUGUUGUCAUUUUUCAGUGUUGGAGUGGUCAGUAGGCCUCUGUGUGUUACACACUGACAAAAUAUUGAUCCAUUUAGUUUGUGAAUUGAAAUGAAGGAUAUUCAUUGUAAUGCUAUUUGUACUAUUUACUGUCAAUCUGUCACUUGAGACUGUUUUACCUUGUGUUGUGUUAAAUAUUUAAGUUUUUGUCUCAGUGUUGGUACCGUGUGCAGGCUGGCACCAUAUGAAGUUGGCAUCCAGUAACCGUCCCUUGUGUUGUGAACAGGGGGCUCGCUGGUUUAUGAAAUCUCUGUUACAUAGAGGCUGCCAUCGUGAUCUAUCUAUGGUGCUAUGUACAGGAGUGAUGGGCACUUCUGACGUGAUGUUAGUACAUAACAGUUUCUACUUCUGUAUCAAUAGCACUGACAUUAUUUGCUAGUUUGGAGACAGAGUUGAGUCGAGAGAGUUGGCUGUCGUUGUGGGGUCAGACUGGAGAGCACCCAGGCAUACCAAAGCUCCUGUUGUGAACCGCCCUCAUUUUGUCUCAUACUUGCCCUAUCCAACGCCCUCAUAAUGUUUACUCAUUUGUACUUACUUGUUUAAAUUAUGCAGCUCUUAUAUGAAUAGCAUUUCAGCAUGUCGUUUGAAGUACAAGAUUUAUAAAAGAUAUGUACGGUACUUUGUUUCAUGGAUCAGUUAUUCUCUAACAUUUCCACCAAUCUGAUAUUUUCUCAUUACAUUACUCUAUUUUUGAUGCAAAAAAAUAAACACUGAUGUACUUUCCAUAUCAAUAACAGUAGCCAAUUUGGCACUAUCAAGAAGCCAAUUUUGAGGAUAAUUCAAAUGUUAGCGUAGCUCGCUCAUACACAUUUGUUUACAUUUUCAUAGUCAUGCUGUUUUGUCCUUGCAGCUCUUAGCGAUCCAUUUUAAAGUAACUUAUCUUUUUUAGAAUUUUGUAUCCAUGUAUCAAAAUGUAGAGUAUUUUUGUAAAACUUAACUUUUGGUUUAUGCUCAUAGCACACAAUAUCAUUGCUGGUAUGUUUUCAUGAAAUAAAGCGCAGGUUGUAUUGUCAAGUGUAUGACUGAAACUAGAAAUUUCCGCAAGUGAACAUUGUGCAAAAAUGUUGGAACAUUAGUUUAACUGUAUUAACGUUACUUUUACCCAACCUGUAUAACAUAAUACAUGGGCUAGGUUUCUUGUGUGUGUGUGUGUGUGUGUGUGUGUGUGCGUGCGUGUGUAAUGUGUGUGAGUUUUGAUUUUACUUCUUUAUUUUUAUUGUCAUGCAUCUCAAAUGGCACUUUGACUUAUCCAUUAACUGUAGGUCAGGUUAGAGCGCAGUAGUGAUGUUUCCAAGCAUUCCAUCCCUCUCGGUUAGGGGAGUUUAAGAGCACAUGAUGUUGUAGAUACAGUGCGGAACAGCAAUGCCUCUCAAAGCCAUACCAACACAGAAAGCCAACCUGUGACUUCAGUUUCAUGAAUGUAAAUUUUACCUCAUGGUGUGGACAUAGAGCUUGCUCUACAUCUAACAUCGGACCAAUUACAGUUUUCGAGAACAUGUUUCAAGGCAGAGGAGGGAUUGUGUUGUGGCACCAACUGUCAUUUGUAUCACUACAUUUGUCAGAUUGUCUGUGGUGGAUUGUGGUGUCAUUUUGUGUUCAAGACGUUUCAUUUUGAGCAAUCCAGGAUGCUCAGUCUGACUCUCCAAAUAGCCACUUGCACUCAGAAACAAAAAUAUGUGGAACAUGAAUUCAACGGUGAAGAUAGCACAGAAACCUUUACACAAUAUCAGUUUUGUCCUUCAGUCAUGUAAAUGAAUAUCCAUGUAUAUUUAAAUGUGAAGUAUACUGCAGGGGUAUCUUGAAUUUCAAUUGUGAUGCUUAAAACAGAACUCUGUGUGCCUUGAUAACUUUACUGUUACUCUGCUGUGUUUACCGGUGUCCCUUUUGUCAUUGCUAUUUGGCUCCUUGUCCUUCUUCUUCUUUUGGACUUUUUAAGAUCCAGAUACCUUUCAGUGAUUCUGAUAUAAAAUAAUUUCUCAACACAUGGCUAUCAUAACCCAUUCCAACACAUUUCAGUUUUCACACUUUGUAUUUAUAAAUCCAUUGCAAGAUAUCAGAAUGGGUUCAGUCGACAUUAUAUUAUGCAGCUUCACCAACAAAAUGUCAACUUGUUUAUUUUCUGUUGAAAAACUUUUUCAUGCCUCAUGAGAUUGUACGUGAGGUAAAAGGGACGAGACAGAGGAGAUUGUUUAAAUGGAGAGCUUUCUUGUGUUGAUGUGCUUGUCAACAUUACUAUUGUUGCUGUGAAAUGCUUGAUCAAAAGGAGCAACCAUAAUGAAUUAACUGUUAAUUGCCAAUAGUGUGAGCUUUAUCUUGUGUGUAAUCAGUUUGCUCACUUUUCCUAGUUCGCUUUCUAUUUCACAUCUUCCUACAGUUCUGUUGUGUCCGUUCUGUGUAGCUUGAGCUUAAAUAUCUAGCCUUAAGACCCUGCAGUCGGACUAAAAGGUCAACCCCAGUGUGUUAUCAUACAUCUGAAUUAUUAUUAACAUGUACUUUGCCUUGGUCUGGACAUUUGUAUACUCUUUUGUUUAUAUCUGUAAUCCUGCUGCUACAUUAAAUGAAUUAAUAAAAAAAAUCUACGUGCCCUUAUCUUUUUUUGUCUUCUACUUUUCAUUACAUUCAAGUGCAGGAAAAGAAAUCAGAAUGUCUGGAGGAAAAGUUCAUGUCUUCACCAUCAUUUGAUUUAAAAAGAGAAACUUACAUAUCUUCUAGAUUCAUCACACACAAAGUGAAACAUUUCAAGACUUUUUGUUUUACUUUUCAUGAUUAGUUCACAAAAAUCAACCAUCUCAAAAUAUUAGAAUAUUGUAAAACACCUAAAAGAAAGUAUUCUUAAACAUACGGCCAUUCUGGAAAGUUCUGGUCAUUUAUUCACUCAGUGCUUGUUCGGGGCUCUCUUUGCACAAGUUACUGCAUCAACAUGCAAGGCCUGGACAGUUCUGCUGGAGUGGAGUAUGGAAGUACAGGCUGCUUUGAUAGCUCCUUCAGCUCGUCUGGAUUUUCCAGUGUCAUCUUUCUCUUGAGGAUACCCCAGGGAUCAUCUAUGGGGGUUCAGGUCAAGUCAACCAGCCAAUCAAGCACAGUAAUACCCUCGUAAGAAAACCAGUUUCUGGUUGUUUUGGCGCCGUGAGCAGGGGCCUGGUCCUGCUGAAAAAGGAAAUCUGUACCUCUAUAAACCUAAAUUGUUUGAGCUACACUCUUACGAGUUUUAAAAAAAAGUUUCCAUUUUUAAUUUGGAUUUUAAUGUUAGUUAAUUUUCACAUUGCUCCUUGGUUACUGUGAUAAAUUAAUAUUCAACAAUUAAAUAGUAAAUAAGGCUUCAAGUACCAAGAACUCAACAACUCAUAGUUUACUAAGUCUCCUGUUUAGCGUCUGUUGGAAGAAAGAAAAGGGGUCUUCUGUGUCGAAACCAACAUCAUACUCAGGGUUAGUCCUCAGAGCAAAAGCAGCAACCAUUAUAGCCAACAUGGCAGUCAGUCCCCAUAUGGCAUACUGGCUUCCUGAUUCAGGGUCCACAUAAUGAAAAAAGUGCACUAGCCCCUGCAUCGCUGCAAAGUGAAUAGCAUCAUGGUCCUUCUCUCUCAUGAAGAAGUCCAGAGGAACUGCAAACACAGCACUAACUUCAGCAGGGUUUGGACUUGGAUGGAAGGUUUCUUCAAUAAAGCCGACCACUGGAGUCACCAACAGACCGCUCUGUUAGAAGAGGUAAGGAUGAGAGGAGAAACUUGAGACUAGAGUAGACUUAAAGCAGCCUAAACCACCACAAAUUAAUGACUGUGUAAUGCCUACCUUAGUGACGAGAGGAAAUAGUCUACAGACCACCUCAACAUCAUCAGGGGGUAAACCUAUCUCCUCCUCUGCCUCUCUCAGAGCUGUGUCAACAUCAUCCUUGUCCAUGGGGUCCCUCUUCCCACCUGGAAAACACACCUCGCCAGCAUUUCUCUUCAGCUACAAACACAGAGUCAGACCUUUAGACUGCAGACAACAUUUAUCUUACUCUCAGUUAACAUUCAUUCGGAUUACCUCAAUUGGCAUUCAUUUGGAUUACCUCUUUUGAACGCAGGGUCAUCAGGGUGUACAGCUGUCCAUUUCUGACAAAAAGUGGGAUCAGAACUGAGGCUUUGGGAAUCACCGAAAUGUAGGAAAACUUAUCACCAGUGUCGUACUGCUUCAAAUUAGCUGUUGCCUGCUCUUUAAUGUCCAUGGUCUGCAGUAAAAUCCUAAAUCCAACAGGAAUCAAUCAAUUUAUAUCGUACACUUAAUAAACAGUAAAGCAAACAAAACUGACAUCUGUGCCUGAAACAUCAUGUUUUCAUUCCGUCAUUCCUUAACUUUGAAGGGGAACUACUCGUCCCAAACAGCUGAUCACGUGACGGCACAACCUGCGGGACGUCCUUCCGCGUUUGCCUGGCUGACGUGGACGUGACGACAAUACAUGCGGUGACAACAGCGUACGCAUGCGCUUUUCAAAUAUGACCGAGUUUGUCACGUUUAAAAUCGUCACUUGAACUGAGAGGGGGGUGUAAAGACAAUUUUUCUGAUUUAAGGCUUUUCAAUUUCUAGUCCAAAAUUGUUUUAAAAUAUGGGAAAACUAGAACAUACAGCUUGUGUCUGACAGCUAGUUUUUUUUUUAAAAGAACUUUAUUGACUUUAGUUUUGGUGCAAACGAAUUACACAUUCAAAUUGUUAAAACAGCUUAUAUGAUUUUAAACAUAUAUUGACAGCAGACAAAACAACCUACAGAUCAGUUUAUAGACAGAGGUCUGCACAAAAAAAGUAAAAUAAAAUGGAAUUGUACAGGAUGGUUUCUUUUUGAUAAAAUAUGUUUGGUUGCAUGUUCAUUGGAGACUUGAUUGGAUGAUGUUUUUAAGAUUAAGUCGUACCACUUUCAAUGUGUAAUAUUUUUGUUCACUAGAAGUUGAUGCCUUCGAAGAGGUGCUUGGAAAUCUAUAGAUUGAGAAAGUGGCCAACUACUAGGAAGAGAUGGGGAGAUACCAGACACCCCUUGGCAUCAGGGGUGGGUUCCUCUCACCAUCAAAUAUGGGUGAUGUGCUAAUGGGCAGUUUGACUACUGAUCUAUUGUUUUCAUUAGGUUUUGAUUUACUGGAUCAAAAAGUUACCAAAUGAAAAGAAAGAAAAUUAAUGGUGCAACCAGAAUUGGUAGAUUUGGCAUUGGCGCACCGUUUUCUUCACAGAUGAGUGCAGGUUGACACGGACAGUGUAUGUGACUGACGUACUGCUGCCCAUAACAUCCUCAGGCAUGACCAGUCGCGCAGACCUCCUAGUGCUUGGUACCCUGACUUCUGUUAGGAACCAGGAUGGGAUCCUCAAGCCCAUUGUCAGACUAAAUGCUGGUGCAGUGGGCCUGGUUUUCCUACUGCUGCAUGACAAUGUCUGGCCUCAUGUGGCUGGAGUGUGUCAGCAGCAGUUCCUGGAUGAUGACAGUGUUGAUAGUAUUGACUGGCCCUAUCUAUACUUAAAUCCAAUCAAAUACCUCUGGAACACUGUGUAUCAUUGCAGUGACCACCACGCCACUGCACCAUAGACUGACCAAGAGCUGACUGAUGCCAUGAUUCAGCUCUGAGAGGAGGUCCCCCAGGAGACCAUCCAUCCUCUCAUCAGGAGCAUGCCUAGACGAAGUAAGGAGUGCAUGAAAGCAUUAGGAGGCCAUACACACGGCUGAGUCAUGAAACGUCUUUAAGAAAUUCACAGAAGUGGAUCAGCCUGUGAUCUCAUUUUUCCACUUUGAUUUUGAGUAUGACUCUGAAUCCAGUCCUCAAAGGGUUAACAAUUCUGGUUUACAUUAAUUAUUCUCAUGUUCACACUAUGUAAUCAAUAUUCUUCUUUCAAAAUCUGGGAUAUGUGAUUCAGGCGUACUCUUAUUUUCCAAGCAUUGUUUUUUCCAGUCAAGCCUUUUCACUAAAUUAAUCAACACCCAGUGCACACAAAUAACUGCUAAUCAGUAUAACAAUAUAAAGAGUUUAAAACUACAUCUAUAUAUGAAAAAUCUCUACAUUUAAUUUUGAGUUCUACUUGAUGAGCAGUCAGUCUAAUAUAAACGAAUGACAGAGACGCUAAAUAGGAAGUGUCUACCCGAUUUUAUUUGGUAAUUUCAGUGCACUUCCUGGCCUCACAGUUGAGGUCUGCAGCCAGACAGUCUUGGCUGUAAACAGGUCCUAGGUGAAAACAUUGUACAUGAAAUAAAACAAAGUUACAGUACAUUCCAAGUCAUUCAUAGUAUGGCAUAAUGAGAAGAUAUCUGAAGCAUUUUCAGUCAACAAAAAUCAUAUUCAAACCAAGGGCCUCUUUAGCUGAACAGACGGCUCACUGGACGUAAAGCAGACAGCAGGCUAGUCUGAGCCAGUACAAAUCUAUUACAUAUCCUUUUCUUUAAUCUCCAAGAUAAAAGUGGAUCAACAGAAAUGAAUACACAAAUUAAUAUUAAACAACUAAAAUGUUAUCAUACAUCAGUGAUCCCACAUAUUCAUUAAGGGGAAAUUAAAUAUUCCUUGUUUUUGGUAUUUACAGCCCACACACUUUGUGGAUCUAUGUGUAGAAAAAUAAAUAAGAUUCAAAACACUCUGAUUGAGCCUUCGCCUUUGCAGCAUAAUAUCUUCUCACACCUUGUACUUCUCCUUGGCUUGAUCAUUAAGUAUACAGAUGUGCUGGGAAAGAAAUUAAAAACAAACCACUUAGUAAAGACUGAGAACUUGUUUUGAAUACAUGCAUUUUAAGUAGACAUUUAGCUCUUUGAAAAACCAAAUGGUGUACUGCAUGUUAGAUGAACUAACAGACUGCAGCAAACUUACACUGAGAUCUCUGAAGUAUUCAUUGUAGUCCAAAGCAUAACCCACCAGAAAGGCAUCAGGCACCUCGAAACCAAUAUCUGCAACACAGAAAUGCCAGAAAUGUCGGUCAUGUAAAGAAAACCAGCAGUCUUUAUCAGUUCAGUGCAGGCUGAAAUGCUCUCUUACUGUCUGGGUUAGGUUCUACUUAAUCUGUAAAACAGAGGCAAGUCGACAACAACAGCUGUCCUUGAGGGACAGUCUUAAAGAGAUUAUCCAACUCAACGCUAAAAGCAUUACAUAACUGGAGACAGUUGAGCAGGAGGUUAUCAGGCCUGAAAGGGCCGGGCUCAGCCACAUUAGGAGUAGUCUUUCCUGAAAUUAAUCUUAAUCCUGCAUGGAAAGCACUGCUUUCUGCCAGCCUUUAAAGGAUGAGACACAUACUGUAUGUGAGAGACUGCCUUGAAAUGAACACUACCAUACAUUAGAGGACAAAGUAUGCUACUGUCCAGUGUUUAAAGCCCCUAUCAAGAAUUUUUUCACAUUCAUGGUGUAGACUGAAAUUCAUACUGAAGCCUUUUUACAAUGUCCUCAAGCUAAAAAGAUCAUUGUGGCAAGACCAAUGAUUUUUUUUACCAUGUUCUUUAAUGCCUUAAAAUGGUACAAGAGGUUAAGUUUCAACCGGUCAGCUAAGAAAUAGCCUUCUUUUUUAUUUCCACAUUAAAUAUUCACUCUCAAUAACACAUUUGACUGUCAAAAGUCAGAGGGGUGAGCAUUUAGUCAAAAGUCCCAAUUUAUGCAUGUAGAGGACAAGAUGGUCUUAAACUGUGUUAUCCACAGGGAGUGCCAAAAUUUGACACAGACCAAAAGUUCCUCACAGGAGCUUUAAGUAAAGUGAGAAUAAGGGUGCUCACAGUCUGGUCUGUAGCCUGAACUCCUUGGUGUCCUCUUCACCAGAAGGCUGAAAUAACAGACAAGAAAUGUAACUGAAAAGAGAAUAGGCAUGAAAAAAUAAGACAAAAAAAUCUAUUUUGUUAAAAAUUCUCAUAUAAUCACUUUAAGAUAUCUAAAAGGUACUUUUCCAAUACUUUUAACUUCACAUCUAAAGUGUAAUUCAGCUCUCUUGUAGACGGGUGAUGUACAGUACAUGGACAAUAUUGAUAAACCUUGACAUGAGCAGAGACGAUUAAUAAGGCUUAUUACCACAUUUACUGUGUGGAAAGUGUCGACAGGCCAGCUCAGGUGGAACUUUUACAAAUUACAAUUUUAGAUUUACAACAUUAGAUGAAGAAUUGCAUAACGCUGCUGGAUAAAAUACAUUUCCUGUUUCCAUCAGCACUCAGGGACGCUACAAACAAAUAGAUCCACCGUAGAGUUAAUAAUGUGGCAGAUUAACUCUUAAGCUGCUCUCUUGCUCCAUCACACUACAUCUCUAAUACAGGCCUAAAGGAGAGUGUCCAUUAGCUAAGAGCACGGCUACACAAGCACUCUCUCAGCUGACAUACUAACCAGUUAAAGGUGGAGCUUGUAACUCAGCUCCCUUGACUGUAUUUGGUGGUGCCUACCUCACAACUUUAACCAUUUUGGGGUUACAUUCAUUCAGCAGGGAAAGUAGCGUCUGCAUCGUCCUUCCUGUUUCCACAAUAUCCUUAAAAAAAAAACAGAAAGUGGUCAAAAUGAAAAUGAAAGGGGGCACAACUAGACAAAAAAAAUGUCCUAACUGUGAAACAGAUGGGCUUUGCUUUUUUAUAUUCACAAACAUGUUUUAAAUCUAAAUUCGCAAAGCUAAAACUGACUGUGCAAGAUUAAGCAAAAUCAAUGCAACACCAAAAUGUAAACCAUUACAAGGCUGUAAAUAUGACAUUAUACAGUAUACCACAAGAUGAUACAAGUAGAAAACAUUUCAGAUCAUUUUGUUUUAUUGUUAUGGUUUUAUUCCUUUGAGAACCAUCAAUAACAACCAUAAUCAAUCAUCUAUAGUCAGAAAAAAGACAUGUCUUACCUCAACAAUCAGAACAUUCUGCAAAAAAAGGGGACAGAACAUU